AUGGCGACUAACUCCAACGCACCUCUCGCCACGAGCACCCCAACAAAAGCCGAGGACUCGUCUGAGAGUAAUCGUCCGUCUGACAAGACUACAUGCACGUCGCCUUCGUCUAAAGCAUUGCUGCGAAGACUUGCCCACUACGUUCUUGACAAGCGACUUGAAGUCGCGCAGCUCAAGAAGGACAAGCUGGAGCUUCAGUCUCAGGUGAUGGCGCUUGAAUCUAGAGCAAACAUUCUCGUGGCAGAACGAGACGAGCUGAUGGGCACGCUCCUGCAAGCCGAAGAAGAGUUAAAGUCGGUCCUGAGUGACGAUGAGGAGCUGAAGGCCAAGCUGUUGCAUCGGUACUCGUACGAAACCGUUGUUUCAAGUUCCACGGAGGAAAGCUGA